AUGCCUUGGCCUCCUUUGGCCAACUCUAAUCACGUGUCUCCUGUGAAUCAGCUGGGAAGCCUGUAGAAUAUGCAUUUGGGUCCCUCAUUCAUACUAACUGGAUUUUUCCUUAGUGAUCGUACAACAGAGGCUUUUCCAUUCUUUAGGGAUGAGUUUACUUUAGGUAAAAUCUUCCCAGAAUAUAGAAUAAAUUUCUUCUGGAAGUUCCAAACUACUUUGAAAGUGCCUCUUUUGUAA